GCUAUAUGUACCGUGAGACGCACGCCAUUACUUGUCUGGAUAAUCAACCGAUAUCCGGUAAAGUUUUAACGCUACUGUGCGCGACAUUUUCAUUAAUACUCACUUGCUAAAAAGUUGUUUAUUUUUUUUCUCAAUUUGUCGUAUUCACGAGUUUUUUACGAGUCACUCAUAUGGGAAUAUGGGACAAAAUGGAAAAACGAUAAAUUUCAAAGAAGAAUCAAAAAAACGUGCAGCGGCCGUUCGAGCCAGGCACAUAGUAGCAGGCUUGGUAGCUGUAGGCUUUGCACUAAGCGGCGCUGUAGAAGUCAGUUCUUCGGUAGCAUUACUUGCUAAUCAAGAAGACAACCAUGCAAUCAUCGAUAAAUCAUGGCACUGUGAUAUGCUGGUCAAUAUAUCGAGUCGAAAUCGAACCGAAGAUACGGAGAUCAUUCUUAUGGAGUUGCCACAAGAAGAGCGUGCCGAGUCGAUAAUGCGCGAGGCUUUUCUAUGGGGUCAGGUUGCCGGACCUAUCCUUGGUGGAUGUCUUGUUUGGGGAAGAUCCGGUCCGUCAAUGGUAUUUUCUAGAGCAGUGUUGAGCGCUUGUUUGGCAUCAUUACUCAUACCAGCCGCCUGGAGGGGACCUUCGCACGUGGCGCUCAGAUUGUUUCAAGGUCUUUGUACGGGGGCAACAAUGCCUGCUGCUCACAUGCUUGCCAUGACGUGGUUCAAGAGUACUCAUAGAAGUUGGUAUUUUAGUUGUUAUGCAGCUGUAAGCGUAGGUUAUUGUAUGACUGGCUGGAUUGGAACGGCAGUAGUACGAGCUUUCGGCAGAGAUUCAUUGUGCUAUGGUCUCACGAUAUUAGCAUUAUGUUGGUAUUUUGCAUUUGGGCGACUUGUGAAAGAUAGUCCGAAAUCCUACCAGCAUGAUACUAAUGCUGCAGUAAUACCGUGGGGAAAGUUACUAAGGUCUGUUCCUGUCUGGGCUUCUGCUAUUGCGACAAUGGGAAACCAAUGGGGUGAUGCUACUCUCGCGCUUGGAAUGACAAAGUACCUUAAACUUAUUUAUGGUUUUUCGACUGCUAAUGAUUCUGUACUGACAACUCUUCCACACAUAGGGCACUUUAUGGCAGCACUCACGUGUGGUUUGCUUGUUGAUCACGUGAGAGAAUCUAAAAUAGUCUCUACAACCACUGCAAGGAAACUCGUUGUCUACACCGCACAUUUCAUUCCAGCAGCGUUGUUAUUCGUCGCUGGUUACGCAGGCUGCCAAGCGCUCGGUGCAGCCUGGCUGGGCAUUGCCGCCCUCCUCGUAAGCGGCACUGCGCCGGCGGGUGCUCUCGCGGCAAUUGCCGAUCUGGCACCAGCUGAAUCACCCGCGUGCGCUGCAGCUGCAUGUGCACUCUGUUCAACUCUCGGAGCUGCUGGUCUUCUUGCAGCUAAUUACUUCGUUACGCAGGCGCUUCACGGAUCGAUUGCUGGAUCUUGGCGUCUGGUAUUUGGAGUAGCAUCAAUUGUAUUACUUCUUACGGCAGCAGUAUUUUUGGCUCUUGGCAAAGGAGUACCGCAACCGUGGAUACCGUCUGUGGCUCGACCGCGAAGCCACGAUGUUAUAUAUGAGCAGGAUGUUUAUGAACUUGAUUAUGAAGAUGUAGGUGUACAGACCGAACCAUUCGAUCUGUAUGAAGAAGAAGACAAUGCGAGAGAAGAACAGAAAGAAAUGACAUCUGUGCAAUCGACUAUUUCAGUCAUUAACGAAGAACAACCAAAAUAACUUUUUUAGUGGUAAUAUUUUAAAAAAUGAUAAUUUUUUCUAUGUAUCAAUUAUAAAUGCAGAAAUUACAUCGAUACAUUGAAUUUGAUCAAAAGCCAGACUGACUCAAAUUCAAAAUCAAGAUAUUUGUGAAAGAUCUUUGACUUUACAUUGUUAUGCUUAACUUAGAUUAUUUUUCUCGUCCGUACGCAUCAUCGAUAAAUCACAAAUAUUAUAAAUGAAGCACUAAAGAGUCCAUUUUUCUUACAAUUUCUAGUCAUGUUCGUUAUCUAAAGUUACUGUGUUAUAGAAGAAGAAACAAACCGAAAGAUGUUUUUUUGUCAGUUAAUACAAAGCUAGAGUAACUAAAUGGAAUAAAAUCAUUUGUUUCAAAAACAGAAUUAAAAUUAUAAUUUGUAUAAAAUUAUAUUCAUAAAAAAUUAGAAUGGGUUUUGAAAGGUUAAUCAUUUGUUGAAAAUUUUUUAUAUUUUUUGAGGUGGCGAGCAUUGAUUAAAAUUAAUUUCACAAGCUCUUUUACAGAUAGCAUCCUAAAAAAUAUUUUCAUUGCAUCUUGUAAAGUAUAUAUCGACAUUGCUUUCGUCCGUUCAUUAUCAGUGAUCGUGGUAUCCUAUCCGCCUUUAAGAUUGAAUGUGAUCUUACUUUAUGUUAUAACUUUUUCUCAUCAUUCAAGUUAUUCAAGUAUAUGUAUGAGAUAUUAAUAUUUUAAGAUAGAAAAUGUAUCAUUUGUAAUUAUUGGUAUGAAGUUUUUACCGAAAAAAUCCUUGUUUUUAUAACUGCUAAUGUGCAUUAAGUAUAUAAUUAUUUUUAUUAUUAAAUAGGUUACGUAACAUAUAAAACUUAUUAUUUAUAGAUAGAAAAUUGUAUAUAAAUUCAGUAAAAGAAAUGUGUUGUACGGAGUAUUUGCGAAAUUAUUUAAACAAUCAAGAGUGCACCUUUAUAGUAAUUUUAUGUAGAAGUAUAUCUGAAAAAAUAUUAAAGAAAUGUUUGAAUGAUGCACCACUCCGCACCUCUUUUUUAUACCUGUAUACCUA